AUUUAUUUUGUGUUCGCCGGGCAAAAUCGAUUCGUAGAUCUUUGAUCGCUCUUUUGUUCGUUUAUUUCGUCCAGCUUCGUUUUACAUCACAAUGGCUGAAGGUCUGACCGAUCGGGAAGCAAAAGAGCUGCUAAAACUUCCGGAUGCUGAAACUAAGAACUUUCUGUUCCAGCAGACCAUGUAUCGCAUCAAAGAUCCACGAGCGUCACUGCCGUUCUACAACGAAGUGCUCGGUAUGAACCUGUUGUGCAAGCUGGACUUUGCCGAGGCCAAAUUCUCGCUCUAUUUCAUGGGAUACGAAGACAUCGCGAGCCAGCCGUCGGAUCGUAAGGAAUGCGUACAGUGGGCGCUGAGUCGGAAGGCCACCUUGGAGUUGACCCACAACUGGGGAACGGAGAACGACCCCAACUUCUCGUACCACAAUGGCAACGGCGAUCCGCGUGGCUUCGGUCACAUCGGCAUCAUGGUUCCGGACGUUAAGAAGGCCUGCGAACGGUUCGAUAAGCUCGGCGUGGAGUACGUCAAACGGCCGGACGAAGGGCGCAUGAAGGGACUGGCGUUCGUCAAGGACCCGGACGGUUACUGGAUCGAGAUUUUCAACGCCUCCGCGGUGUCAGCCCAUUGAAAGUGCUUCUAAAUUGUUGAUCGCAAAGCAUCUUCAAUUCACGAUUUUUUGUUACAUGUUUGUAUUUAGUUUAAGCGAAAUGUGAAAGAUUGUUUAUACCUGAAUAAAGGUGCGAAUGUUGCGGAAAAAACA